GGUCACGGCUUUCAAGGCUCUCGCUCUCCGCUCUUCUGUAGCCCCGAGCUUUUGCGAGGGCUGCUGGCGCCCAGAUCUCAGAACAGAAGCCAUGGCGAAGUCCAGGGGCCGUCUGUACCUUUGGAUGUCUUUGAUUGCCGUGCUGGCAUCUUUUCUGAUGGGCUUUCUGGUGGUUUUUUCACAAAACUUCCUCAUCUGGCAGGAACAGAAGAAAAUUUACUACUUGCCAAAAAAAUUCAAGCCCAAUGGAAGAAAUUUGGACUAGAUUCAGCCAACUUGGCUCAUUAUGAUGUUCUCCUCUCUUACCCUAAUGAGACACAUGCUAACUGCAUAUCAAUUGUGGAUGGACAUGGAACUGAGGUAUUCAAAACAUCAUAUCUUGAACCACCUCCAGAUGGAUAUGAGAAUGUGACAAAUAUUGUACCUCCCUAUAAUGCUUUCUCAGCUCAAGGCAUGCCAGAGGGAGAUCUUGUAUAUGUGAACUAUGCUCGUACUGAAGACUUCUUCAAACUAGAAAGAGAGAUGAAUAUUAACUGCACUGGAAAGAUUGUUAUUGCAAGAUAUGGGAAGAUCUUCAGAGGAAACAAAGUUAAAAAUGCCAUGUUAGCAGGAGCCAUAGGAAUCAUCUUGUACUCAGAUCCAGCUGACUACUUUGCCCCUGGGGUACAGCCAUAUCCCAAAGGCUGGAACCUUCCUGGAACUGCAGUGCAGAGAGGAAAUGUGUUAAAUUUGAAUGGUGCUGGUGACCCUCUCACUCCAGGCUAUCCAGCUAAAGAUUAUACUUUCAGACUAAAUAUUGAAGAAGGAGUUGGAAUCCCGAAAAUACCUGUACAUCCUAUUGGACAUAAUGAUGCAGAAAUAUUACUACGCCACUUGGGAGGAACUGCUCCACCAGAUAAGAACUGGAAGGGAGCUCUUAAUGUGAGUUACAAUGUAGGACCUGGCUUUACAGGGAAUGAGUCUUUCAGGAAAGUUAGAAUGCAAGUUCAUAACACCAAUAAAAUUACAAGGAUUUACAAUGUAAUUGGAACUAUUAGAGGAUCUGUAGAACCUGACAGGUAUGUUAUUCUGGGAGGGCACCGUGACUCUUGGGUGUUUGGAGGUAUUGACCCAACUACUGGGACAGCCGUUUUGCAAGAAAUUGCUCAGAGUUUUGGAAAAUUGAUAAGAAGAGGCUGGAGACCUAGGAGAACUAUCAUUUUUGCCAGUUGGGAUGCAGAAGAAUUUGGACUGCUGGGUUCUACAGAAUGGGCUGAGGAGAAUGUAAAGAUACUCCAAGAGAGAAGUGUUGCUUAUAUCAAUUCAGAUUCAUCUAUAGAAGGCAAUUAUACUCUCAGAGUUGACUGUACACCCCUUCUUUACCAGUUGAUGUAUAAACUGACAAAAGAGAUGUCUAGCCCAGAUGAUGGUUUUGAGAGUAAAUCACUUUAUGAAAGCUGGUUGGAAAAAGACCCUUCACCUGAAAAUAAAGGUUUUCCUAGAAUCAACAAGCUGGGAUCUGGAAGUGAUUUUGAAGCUUAUUUUCAGAGACUUGGAAUUGCUUCAGGCAGAGUUCGUUACACCAAGAACAGGAAAACAGAUAAAUACAGCAGCUACCCUGUAUAUCACACAAUUUAUGAAACAUUUGAAUUAGUUGAGAAUUUUUAUGACCCCACAUUUAAGAAACAGCUCUCUGUGGCUCAAUUACGAGGAGCACUGGUAUAUGAGCUUGCAGAAUCUAUAAUCAUUCCUUUCAAUAUUCAAGACUAUGGAACAGCUUUGGAAAACUAUGCAGCAAGUAUCUUCAAUUUAUCCAAGAAAUAUGACCAGCAAUUGAAAGAUGAGGGGGUAUCAUUUGACUCCUUGUUUUCUGCUGUAAAAAACUUCUCAGAGGCUGCUUCAGAUUUUCAUAGAAGACUCACAGAAGUUGAUCUUAAUAAUCCCAUUGCAGUGAGAAUUAUGAAUGACCAAUUGAUGCUUCUGGAAAGAGCAUUCAUUGAUCCCCUUGGUUUACCUGGGAGACAGUUCUAUAGGCACAUCAUUUUUGCUCCAAGUAGCCACAACAAAUAUGCUGGAGAAUCAUUUCCUGGGAUUUAUGAUGCUAUGUUUGAUAUUGAAAAUAAAGCAGACCCUCAUUUGGCCUGGACAGAAGUAAAGAAACAUAUUUCUAUUGCAGUUUUCACAAUUCAAGCAGCAGCAGGAACACUGAAAGAAGUGUUAUAAGAAGGCAUCAGCUAAGUGAAUAACUAUUAAAAGUGUUGCUGAAAGUCUGAGGAUGAAGUCAGUCUUUUUGAUGGCCUGUGAAGCCUGAGUGUUCUAAAAUCUUGAUUUUUAAUGUCUACCAACAGAUAAAUGGAUAAAUUGUGGGAAUACAUAUCCAUAAGGGAAUACUACUCAGCAGUAAAAUUAAAGGAAGCAAUGCUACUGGAAGACAUUGUUGAGUGACAGAAGCUAGGCAUAAAAGAGUACAUAAGGCAAAACCAUUUACAUGAAGAAGUGUUAAACUAGAUAUAAAUUGGUGAUUGGACAAACGACCGGAGGGAAAGGAUGGUGACAAAGAUGUAUGGAAAAUCUUUCUUGGAUAAAUGUGUUUUCUGUAUCUGGAGCUGUUACAGCAGUGUACACAUUUGCCAUACCUCAUCAAACUAAAAAUGUCUACAUCUUACUGUAUGAAAAUUAUGCCCUGGUAAAUUUGACUACAAAAAAUAAAGGUCUGGUAGAAAAACUGGGAUAGCACAUCUUCUCUUGUAAAAUUACCAAUGUAGUGCCAAUUGUCAGAAAAAGUCAAUAGUAUCUAAACUUUUGAUAAAUUCAACUCUAUUGAAUAAAUACAUAAAUCUAAUAGGUGAUGAGGUAGCUGCUCCAAAGUUCCAGUCUAGCUUCUAUAAAGCAUAUCAGCAUCUGCAAGUGUUUAUGAAAUCACAGAAUUACAGGUGAACAUAAUUAAGUUUCAAUUAGCUUGACUGUUCAACCAUGUUACCAAAAGAGUUGAGAAUCAAAAAUUAGAAUGGAUUUAUUGGCAGGCACACAUACUUUAAAGAACAUCAAUUAGUUGAUCCUUGAGCUUUUAAGUAUAGAAAUUAGUUUAGGGUAAAAUAGGGACAACUCCAAGUUUGACUGCAAGGAGAAACUACAUCUGCCACUCCUUACAAGGCCAACAAUGUGAUUUAAUAUAACAAAGAGUUGGGGUAUUUAGAAACAGACAUUUAUAACUCAACAUUACUACAGGGUGUCUCACCAUUUCCCCAUAAUAAAAUAAGCACACGUGUAACAGUAAUCUUGAGUCAUCAAGAUAAAUUUUGUGUCCCACUUAUUCUAUGAAAAAUACCACAAAGUCUUCCGCUUUAAAAAGAUAACAAGUUGGGGCUGGGGGUGUGGCUCAAGCGGUAAUGCGCUUGCCUGGCAUGCUUGGGGAGGCACUGUGUUGUAGAAAAGAGAGGAUUAACACCCAUGAGUCAUACAUUUCUACUAUCCAACUGAGUCAAUUAUAUAUAACUGGACAUCAGUUCCUUCUAACUCUAUUAAAUUAUUUCUAAAGGAGACAAAACACAAAAGUUUGGAAAUCUCUUGAAGGGUAUUAUUCCUGCUGGCAGCUUUUUUUGAAGAAAUACACAGGCUAACCAGCAUAUGUGACUUGAAAUAUGUAUUUAGGAUAAAGUAUUAAUCUUUGCAACUUACUGUUCCUUUAAUUGGCAAGUUAUUUUGUUUUUCUCAUCUUUCAUCAACAAUUGAUCAGAACAAGCAGAUAUGUGGGAAACACUGUAAUCAGUCCAUGAUACUGGAUGUAGGGUAUGUGCUAUCCCAUGUUAAUUACACAUUUGAAUGUUUUUUUAAAAAAUUUUCUUCCUGAGCAUUUGAUUAACAGUUGAGCUGUUAAUCAUUAUUCCCCCAAGUGAACGAUUAUUUUUUUAAGAAUACAUAGAAAACAAUAACAAAGAAAUAUAUUGUUGUCAGUAUGUAUUGCCUGAUUUAUGAAUGAUUUUUAAAAUCAAAGUUAAAUAAGCCAUACAUUCCUAUUAUACUACAGUAAUUUACUUUAGUCAUCUAAAAAAAAUUAAACAUGUUUAAUACAAUCAGAAGUUAUAUAAUAUUAAAGUAGACCACUAAGCUAUAGGCAUGUGAAAGAUAUAUAUAUAUACAGUUAGAAAUUCUAAAAAUUUGUUCUGUAGAGAAAUUGAACAGAAUAUAUAACACAAGGGUGUUUACUGCAGCAUUUCAAUGGGAGAACUGAUAAAGUUACUGUAUAAUCCUAAAACUGAUGAUAUAUACAUUUUAAUUCAUAUGGUAAAUUGUCUGUGACUUUUGUUGCCAAAAAAAAGUGAUAAAUCUAAAUAUAAAAAUAUCAACAAAA